CAGAAAAAUAGCAAAUGUGGCGGGUGAGGAGUUUGGUAAAAAAUUAACUACUUAGCCCUGCCACAUAGUAAUUAGUAUAAAGAGUAGAUAGAUACAAUACCAUCAAAGUGUCAGAUAGAUGCAACGCAACACAAGCCAUAUUUCCUUAUAAUAAACAAACUCCUACAUAUAAGAAGACUCUUAAUCACAACUAAAUAUACAUAUAUAUAUAUUUAGGAUCCUUAAAUUACAACAUUCCACUCUUUUUGUGUGAACAUAAUUUUUCAUUUUCUUUUAAUAUCUCUAUUAUCAGCUACACUGCAUGGCUAAUAAAUAUAACAGUCACACCAAUCCAACUCUCAUAUUAUAAAAUAUUUAAAAGGGAAAAACUUUCUUCCUCUCUACUGUUGAUUAAGCUAUCCCUUCAUUAAUCAAUGGAGGUUUCUUCCAUAGCUUCUUCUCCUUGUACAUGGUUCUCGGUUCAGUCUCAGAAUAGACUGAGCCCACGAGCUCAAAGAAACAAUCUUACUAUUAUUCUAGCAUGUUGCAACAAUGGCAAAGGUGCUUUUGAUCAAUAUAAAAAAGAGUACUACAGCUCCAGGGGACUUUAUGCACCUUUAGCUGUCAUUGGUGAAAAUAUUUCAUUCCCCAUUUGUGGAUCAAAGAGUAAUUCCUUCAUAACUAGAAGAAGGAAAAGUAGGCUCAUGAAUUGUGAAGCUCAUUCUGCAGACAAAGCUACUUGUGCUACUGUGGAAGCUGAUUCUAAGAAAGAAACAAGGAAAAGAAGAGUAGUUGUGACAGGGUUGGGUGUGGUAAGCUCCAUUGGUCAUGAUCCAAAUGCCUUCUACACUAAUCUUCUUGAAGGUGUCAGUGGCAUAAGUGAGAUAGAGGGCUUUGAUUGUUCUGAAUUUCCCUCGCGAAUCGCCGGACAAAUAAAGUCUUUUUCAACAGAAGAAGAAUAUGUGUCUCCAAAGAUUUCUAAGAGGGCAGACAAAUUCAUGCUUUAUAUGCUCACUGCAGGAAAGAAAGCAUUGAUAGAUAGUGGGAUUACUUCACAAAAAAUGGGAGAAUUAGAUAAAGCCAGAUGUGGAGUCUUAAUUGGCUCAGCAUUAGGAGGCAUAUCAGUUUUUACUGAAGCAAAUGAAGCAUUAAGAUCUUCUUACAGAAAGAUAAAUCCCUUUACUGUUCCUUUUACAGGAACCAACAUGGGCCCUGCUAUACUAGCAAUAGACUUGGGCUGGACAGGACCAAACUACUCAAUAUCAGCAGCUUGUGCAACUAGCAAUUCUUGUAUACUGAAUGCAGCACAUCAUAUUACCAGUGGUGAUGCAGACAUGAUGCUUUGUGGUGGAUCAGAAUCAGCGAUUGUUCCCAUAUCUAUUGGAGGUUUUAUAGCAUGCAAAUUACUCUCGCGUCAAAAUGAUGAACCAACUAAAGCUUCGCGACCAUGGGAUACUACUAGAGAUGGAUUUGUGAUGGGAGAAGGUGCUGGAGUUUUGUUAUUGGAAGAAUUGGAACAUGCUAAGAGGAGAGGAGCAACUAUUUACGCAGAGUUUUUAGGGGGAAGCCUCACUUGUGACGCUCUUCGUUAUGAUGAAUCAGGGAGAGAAAUAUCUCUUUGCAUGGAGAACGCUUUAGCUCAAUCUGGGGUAGCCCCAGAAGAUGUAAACUACAUAAAUGCACAUGCUAUAUCAUCACCAACCAGUGAUAUGGAAGAAAUCAGAGCUAUAAACAGAUGUUUUGGAAAGAAUCCAAAUCUGAGAGUGAACUCUACCAAAUCCAUGAUAGGCCACCUUUUGGGGGCUGCUGGUGCUGUUGAAGCUGUUGCAACAGUUAAGGCAAUACAAACUGGGAUGGUGCACCCAAACAUAAAUCUUGAUAAUUUCGAUGAGGGCACGGGCAUGAAUGCUCUAGUGGGAAAGAAGAAGGAGCGUUUGGACAUAAAGGUAGCAUUGUCCAACUCACUGGCCUUCGGCGGACAGAACUCGUCUCUUGUAUUUGCGCCUUACAAGUGAAUUUGGGGUUAAACAAUUAUACCCUAAUUAUCAUCUAGUAUUUUCACUUCCAAAGAAGAAUGAAAAUUAAAAGACUUGCUUUUGUAAGCUUUGCUGUUCACAAAAUGUGUAAUUCUAUCAUUGAUCUCCCAAUAAUAGUGUUGUGCCAACUUGUUCUUCA